AACAUUGUGAAUUAAUCAAAACUACGGUGACUUUAAAUAAACUAUUUAGUAAAAAUAAAAAUGAACUAUUUUAUUUUGGCAGUGUGUUUUUUUCGUAUAUGUACAAUAAAUGUUACAUGUCAAAGAUAUAAGACCAUUUACCAAAAGAUUCAACAAGAGCCGAUAUAUUCAAAAUUUAAUCAACUCAUUCAUACCAAUAGAGCAGCAAAACUUAAUCUACAUUAUGAACAGCUGACAGUCUUUGUUCCGGAAAAUUGGGCAUUUCGACAUUCAGAAGUUGAAUACAACUCUGAUCUUGCAUUCUACCACAUGAGCUUUGAGAUCAAAAGUUUAGAAAUGCUGAAUAGAACUAAUUCCUUAUCUACAGUUAUUUUGGAAAAUCCACCAUUAUGGAUUACUCAUAUUAAUGGUGAAUUAUAUAUAAAUAACGCAAAAGUUCUCAAAAAUAAAUCAGAUUAUCUCGCCAGAAGUCGAAAUGGAGACAUGGGAAAACAACAGAUUCUUCAUAUGAUAGACGAAGUCCUCGAUCCUGUAAUUAAAUCUUCUACAGCAUCUCCUAGUGCUUUCGAAUUCUUAACUACGUUAUUUAAAUGGAACUUGGGAUCUGCUAAUUCUGUAUCCCAAUUCCUUACGAAGAUCCAGGAAACUAAACUUCAGUAUGUUUUUAAACAAAAUGCUGGGCAUACCUAUUUUAUACCUGUUGAUUCUGGAAUCGGACCUGCGAAGUUUAAAAUGAUGAAUAAAAAUAUUAUUUUAGGACACGUCGUACCGUUUAAUGUAUUAUUUACAAGACCUACUACAAAAAAUUUCUUAUUUGAAUCAUUGGCUAAUGACGAGAUGCUGUACAUCGCUAUUUCUUUUGAAGAAAAAGAUAAACGCCUAUUUGUAAAAGGAUUAAUACGAGGUGUUUCAGGACAGGGAGAAUUUUAUUCAGAGGUUAUCAAAGCAAAUAUUCCUGUCAAUAAUGGAGUUAUUCACCUUAUAUCACAACCAUUGGGAAUCGAUACCAAAGAUCUAAAACCAUUUCCAUUUCUGCCGGUAUUGGAAAAAAUUAGCUUAGAUCCAAAUUUGGAUGUUUUCUUUUCAAUGGGAGAAAGAACUGGCUUUAAUAAAAAAUUUUCCAAGAAAAAUGUUAGCUUUACUUUUUUCGUCCCACUGGAUACUGCAUGGAAAAAGGCUGAGUCAGACUAUUUAGAGGCAAUAGAAAACGAAACAGAUAUUUUGGGGAAACAUCUUAUCAUUUCUGAUGCUCCGUACUCUAUAGAACUGCUGCUUUCUUUAACGAAAGCCAACAAUUACACAGACAUAGAAUUGCAAAGUGAAUCUGGAACUUUAAGAAUAAUGGUGCUUUUAAUAAAAGGAGUAUAUUAUUUAAAAUGGCAUAAUAGAUUUAUAAAAAUUGAAAGACCUAAUUACGAAUGCACUAAUGGAGUUAUACAUGUUUUAUCAAGCCCUUUGGCAAAUUUCAGAAGAAGAGAUAUAAAUGCUAUGGAUAUAGAAAAUAUAUUUGAAGUAAUUGUUAAAAAAAUUAAUAGUAGCAUAGACAUGUUGACGAAAGAAGUACUAUGAAAGAGGAAGUUUUUCUUUAAGGCUGUAUUGUAUAUAUAAUUAAAAAGCUAAAACUUGUAAUUAAAAAAAUUGUGUGGAAUUCUUAAUGCUGUAAACGAUAUUUGUCGUUCCUUUUGCAUUAUGUUAUGUUACUAACUAUGAACAUUUUAAUAAAAUUUCGUUAUUUUAUUGAUAACAUAAUAU